UGCCUGUGACUGUGGGCAACGGCAAAAGCGUGAGUUAUCAGGGCAUGUGUGAGUGUGUGAGUGUGUUUAGAAAGUGUGUUUGUAUGCGAGCGUGUGUGUGUUGCAGGGAGUAUGCAAGUGUGUGUGCGUGUGUGUGUGUGUGUGUGUGUGUGUGUGUGUGUGUGUGUGUGUGAGAGGAGCCCUCAGUUAGGGAUGUUGGAGCCGGGAGGCUGUUCAAAGGAUGCUCAAACAAAGCUGGACUUUUUUUCCCCCCCUUCUUUUCUUGAAUGGUGAUUGAGGAGCGGCUGGAUUCCUUUUUUGCUCGCGCUGUUGCGCUCAGCUCUGCGUCGGGGUAGCUGAAGAGCCCCUUGCAUGCAUGGCCGAGGGGCCUUACCUCGCCUAUUACCUCACGAGCCUCGGGGCUGAAGGAUUAUGGGUAACCUCGUCAGCCGGCCCAGCUGCCUGGGCCAGAAGUCCAAGCAUGUGAGGUCCGACGAGGACUUCCUGAAGGAGUGCUACCAGCGACGAAGAGGGAGGCAGUCCCCGGAGCAACAUGGGGAGACCAAACAAGAAGAGGCCGUCGAAGACAAACCCGGGGACGGUGCGGACAAGGAGAGAGAGUCGGAGGGCGACAAGGACACCCAGGAAAUUGAUUAUAAGAGGGAAGAGGGGACUCAUACUCCCAUCUCAGACAAACCCCUCCGCAGCUCUCCGGCGUCCACAAUCAGGAGUAGCAGCACUCUGGAAAACGCCUGGCACAACAGCCCUUCGCCAAUAAAAACGUCCCGAAACGGGACCCUGACAAAGAGGACAAUGCCUCCGGAGUUUACCAGGUCCCCCCUGGCUUAUCCAUACAAUGACUCCACGGAGAGGAGGGCCAGCUUCCAGAGGAGAGACUCUCGGGAGGGAAGCCCGUGGUCCUGGAAGACUGUGGCCUCACGUGAGGUCACGGAGGUGACGGAGGUGACGGAGACGGUCGUCACCGAGAUUGUAGAAGUCACAGAGUAUCCGUCGGGAGAUAAAGGCGGGGACCCGAUAGUCACCAGAACUGUUAGAAUCCUGAAUGGGGUGGCCGACGAACUCGCUGAGCUCCAAAGUGACGGACACUCGAGCUCAGACCAGGAUUCCAGCCUGGAUAGAUGGAGGGGCACAAGGUCCGCCCUGGCACUACAGGACGUGGCAACAGACUCUGAGACCUUUCUCCACAACCUGAACGCUCUGCUCACAUGGGUCAGUGAGAUCGAGGAGCUCACUGCCAAUCAGAAAGCCCCGUCCUCAGAGGUCAAAGUGGUGAAAGCGCAGCUCCAGGAACAAAAGCUCUUGCAACGUCUCCUAACAGACCGCCGGCGCAGCAUGGGCUCCAUGAUGCUAGAGGGCCCUCGGUUGGCAGAGGCCCACCCAGGAGAGGAGGGGGAGCAGGCAAAGGUCAAGCUCUCCACUCUCCAGCAGAAGUGGGAGGCCUUGCAGCUGGAGGCAGAGCAAAGGAGGGCGAGUCUGGAGCUCAUCCUGCCCAGGGCCCAGCGCUUCCAGGUCGGAGUAGACAGCCUGCAGCAGUGGUUCACAUCGGUGGAACAGGCCCUGGCUGAACUACGAAAUGCGGAAAGGGUGAUGCUGCGUCUCUCCGAGGCCACAGAUCGUGCCAAGACUGUCGUUGAAGAGAUACAAGUCAAAACCACGGAGUUGGGGAAAAUACAAAAGUCGGGACAUGAUCUGAUGGAAGUGAUUUCAGAGGAGGAGGCCCAGCAGGUGCAAGAGAAGAUGGACGCCCUGCGUAUCCGCUGCUCCGUGUUGAGUCUGAGCAGUCUGGACGUGCUGCAGAGGCUGGAGCAGGCGCUGGAGGCCUCCAGCCGCUGCACCUCCAGCCAGGAGGACCUCCACCUGUGGCUGGGCCGCAUCGAGAGGGAGCUCCUGGGCGCGGCGGGAGCGCAGACACACGCUGGCGACGCGGUGCUGUGUGCAGCCGAGAGGCAGAGGCUGGAGGAGGCGGUGGUGAAGGAGAUGGCCUGGUUCAAGGAGACGGCACUGGGCCUUGAAAAACUGAAGACAAUACAACUGCAUCCAGAGCUCAUAGCGGAACAACUCCACGAGCAGAAGAUUUUGGCUGUGGAGAUUCUCCAGCACAGGUUCAACAUUGAGAAGAUGGUGAAGAUUGCUGAGAUCCUGCUCACAUACAGUGAUGAAGGAGAAACGUGCGACCUACGGACCCCACUGGACGUGUUACAGGAACAGUGCAACACCACCUCGGCCACCAACUCCCACGCGGUUCUGCAGCUGGAGCACGCUCAGUCGCUGCUUCUCCAGUUCUCCGAGGGCCUUGCUGAGGUUUCGCCCUGGCUGGAGGAAACUCAAACCCUCGUCGGCCACCUCUCCCUGAGCACAAUUAGCUAUGAAGCGUUUCGGGAACAACAGGAGCUCUUACAGGGUCUGAGGGAGUCCAUUGCGGAACACAGGCCCCUGAUCGCACGCCUAUGCUCUCUGGCGAAACGCUUGUCAGAACUGAAUCCCGCUCAGGGAGAUGAGUUCUGUCGCAGGGCGGCAGAUGCCGAGGAGCAGCACGGAGCCAUCAGGGACCGGGUCCGAGAGACUGCCAGUCUGCUGGAGGAGUCGCUGCCGCGAUUCACACAGCUGAACGAGAGGACGACUCUCAUCAGGGAGAGUCUGGACCGCCUGCGCGGCCGCAUACAGACUCCCACGUCUCUCCAAGGACUCACGCCGAGGAUCCGGGAGCAGCUGCAGGACAACAAGCACACGCUGGCCGAGCUGUGCAAACUGGAGCUGGGCCUCAGCGGUGUCAGGACGCAGGCAGAUGAGCUGCUGGCUAACACGCAGGCCGCUGGCGACGGCUCCAUCGGCACAGCAAUCCAGGAGCGGGUGUCCGGCCUGUCCCGGCUGUGGGACGAGACAAGCGCCCAGGCCCAGGAGAGGGAGAGCUGGCUGCUCAAACUCUUGGAUCUCGCCUCCAAGUUCUGGAGCGAUGUCGGCGAGGCCACGGCGGCGCUCGGUGACGCGCAGCAGGCGGUGUUGGACCUCAACGCGAGUCGGACAGACUCCGAAACCAUCCGCCAGAGCCUCGAAACCAUGCAGACUGUCAGGGAGGACAUCGACAGUGUACAGGGAGAUCUGGACACCCUCGGCGUUGUGGGAAUGGACCUGAUGUCAGCAUGUGGAGAGACGGACAAGCCAGAUGUCACCAAGAGCCUCGAUGAACUCUACUGCACAUGGAACAACUUGAGCAAACUGUGGAACGAAUGUCACAAGAAGCUGGAGGAGUCCUUGCGGAUGGCACUUCACUACCAGGACACAAUGCAGGGUCUUUUUGAGUGGUUGAAGUCAGCUGAGCUGAGGUCCACUGAGGAAUUCAUGGUGGGAACUGACCUGGAAUCGGUCAAAGAGCAGCUGUGUGAUCUCAAGGAAUUUAAGCGGGAACUUUACCAGAAGAAGAUUGAGAUAGAAAGCCUGAGCCACCGCUUUGUGUGCCGGCUCUCUCCGGGCUCGGAGCGGCCGGGCUCCGUGUCCCCGCUGUGCGACUUCCGACUGCGCUGGGACAGCCUGGAGUCCGAGACGGUCGGCAGACAGCAUCAGCUGGAGUGUGCGCUGCUGGGCCUGGGUCAGUUCCAGAACACACUGGACGAGCUGUGCACUUGGCUCUCGCGGACCGCGGAACAACUGCAGGGCAGCCAGCCAAUCAGCAUUGACCUGCAGGCCUGUGAAAUAGAGCUGGCCAAACACAAGGUCUUGCGCAAUGACGUCAUGUCCCACGUUCGCACCAUGGAGUCACUGAACCAGGCUGGCCGGGGGCUGCUGGAGGUCGGGUCCGGGGACCAGUCUCGGCUGGAGCAGCUCAACGAGAGCUGGGAGUUUGUUCGCUGUGAGACCGAACGCAGGCAGCUGGAACUCGAGAACAAACUGAGUCAGGUCCAAGAUGUUACAAUGGAGAUUCAGGAUCUGCUACAGUGGCUGGAGAACACCGACCUGAGACUGUCCUCCUCCAAGACCAUGUGGGGGAUGCCGGACUCUGCCAGUGAAAGGCUCAGCGCACACUUGGAGUUGUGCAACGAGAUGGAGUCAAAGCACCACGCCUUCACCGAUGUGAAGGGCGCCAUCCACAGGAUGCUGGAGAGCAGCAAUGUCCUGCGGGGGUCGAGCACCGAACACGGCCUCUCCAUCCUCGAACAGAAAUGGACGUCUGUUUGCGGCAAAGUCCAGGAGCGAAAGGCGAAGCUCACAGAGGGACUGAGUCUUGCCAAGGAGUUCCACAGCAACGUCCAGGAGCUGCUCACGAAGAUGAGCAAGUGUGAAGAGUCCAUUGGGCUCUUUCCUUCUCCCAGCUUUGUCCUGGACACCGUUUGCUCUCAGCUGCAGGAUCACAGGACACUGGUGAAUGAGGUGAACGGUUACUGUGAGAAGAAGGCCGCGGUAGUGACCACGGGCUGCAGACUAACUGAACUGAGCAGGAAGGAAGACUGCGACGUCAUCCAUAACCUGAUGAUGACCGUCCAGGAUCGCUUCAAAAAGCUGCAGCAACGGGCCUCCGAGAGAGGCAGGACGCUGGAGGAGGUCAAGAAGAACGCCAAGCAGUUCAGUGAAUCUUGGCGCCUGCUGGUGGACUGGAUGACGGAGGUGGAGCAGACACUGGACACGCACAAAGAGAUCGCUGUUUCCCACGAGGAGAUCAAACAGCAGCUGGCUGAGCAGAAGGAGUUCCAGAAACUGCUGAGGUCGAAGAGGCCCAUGUACGAGGCCACGCUGAAGAGCGGCCGCAGCCUCCGCCAGCGAGCUCAGACGGGCCGCGACAGGCAGCACCUGGAGAACCUGCUGGCCGAGCUCAAGGACACGUGGGACACCAUCGGCGGCAAGUCUGUGGAGAGACAACAUAAGCUGGAGGAGGCGCUGCUGUUCUCGGGCAGAUUCACCGACGCUCUCCAGGCACUGAACGACUGGUUGUACAGAGCGGAGCCCCGACUGGCUGAGGAUGUUCCCGUCGGGGGAGACAAGGACAUGGUCAACAAUCUGGUAGACAAACACAAGGCGUUCCAAAAGGAGUUGGGGAAGCGAGCCGGAUGCAUCAAGACGCUGAGGCGCUCCGUGAGGGACCUGACCAGGAGCAGCACGGCCGACGCGCACUGGCUGCAGGAGCAGAUGGACGAGCUGGCCGGCCGCUGGGAGGCCGUGUGCAAGCUGUCAGUCAGCAAGCAAGACAGGCUGGAAGCGGCACUUCAGCAGGCCGUGAAGUUCGAUGGCCUCGUCCACUCGUUCAUGGAGCGCCUCACCGAGGCAGAGAGGACACUGAAGUACGGGCUGAUACCCGAGGACGAGGGAGGCUUGCUCGCCUUCCGCAAGCAGCACGAGGAGUCGGUGAGCGCCCUGCAGUCUCAGGCCGUGGAGCUGGAGCACAUCCAGCGUCUGGGCGAGGAGAUGCUGGCCUCCUGUCACCCAGACUCCAUCAUCACCCUCAAAUCCUGGAUCAGUGUCACCAAGACACGCUAUGAGGAGGUCCAGACGUGGGCUCAGCAGCAGGGCCAGAAGGUCCAGGCCAGCUUGGCGGCACUGGAGGCAGAGCGAGAGGAAGUCCAGAGACUCCUAGACUGGAUCUCCUCCGCAGAGGAGGCCCUCCACCUCCGAGAGCACGAGCCUGUGCCCGAGGCCACGGAGCAGAACCAGGAGCUCGUCGAGCAGCACGCGGUGUUCAUGGAGGAGUUGAAUAAAAAGUUUCCAGAGGUUGAACACGCCACAAAGUCCUGCAGACUCAAGAGCACCCCCAAACAAACGUCUCCCGGCAGAAGGCCGCUCACGAAGAGGAGGAGCACCCUGAGGCUGCAGCCUGUCGUGCCUGUUCCCCUGGAGCACCUCGACCCCCAGACCCCGCAGCUCUGUCAGCUGGUCAGUCAGUGGCAGAAGCUGUGGCUCCUGGCUGUGGCGAGACAAACCCGUCUGGAACAACACCAGCAGACGCUCAGAGAGAUGGAAGAAUUUGCAAACUUUGACUUCAAUGUGUGGCGAAAGCGCUACAUGCUGUGGAUCAGUCACCUGAAGUCGCGCAUCUUGGACGUGUUCCGCAGCAUCGACCGCGACCAGGACGGGCGCAUCAGCCAGAAGGAGUUCAUUGAUUACGUCCUCGCCUCAAAGUUCCCCACCAACUCUCUGGAGAUGAACGCGGUGGCCACCAUCUUUGACAUGAACAGCGACGGCUUCAUCGACUACUAUGAGUUUGUGAGCGCGCUUCAUCCCAGCAGAGACCCCUACAGGAAAACACUGGAUGCGGAUCAAAUCAAUGAAGAGCUGAGUCGACAGGUGUCACAGUGCAACUGUCCCAAGAGGUUCCAAGUGGAGCAAAUAAGUGCCAACAGAUACAGGUUUGGAGAUUCGCAGCAGCUGCGGAUGGUUCGUAUCCUGCGGAGCACGUUGAUGGUGAGAGUGGGAGGAGGCUGGACUGCGUUAGAUGAGUUCCUGGUCAAGAACGACCCCUGCAGAGUGAAAGGUCGGACCAACCUGAAGAUCAAGGCGAAGUACUUGUCUCCUGCAGGAAGCACAUCGAAGGGUCUGACCGUCAGCCGGUCCAACUCCAGCCUCAGCCUCUACAGCAGUGCCUCCGCCCCCACCAGCCCCAUGACACGCAAGGCAUUACUCCGCCGGAGUUUCUCAGGUGACCGCUGUAUUCGUCCCAGGAGCUCCAUAGCUGCUUUGGGGUCUGAUCUACAGUUUGUGACGACAACAGGGGAGGACACCUCGUCCACACCAUCAGAGGAAGCUGAGAGGUUGCCCACAUGAUUGCCUCUGCCUCUGAGCACCACGUGUUCGCUGCGGCGCCGAUCCCAAACGCACACACAGCCUCUGGGCCCCCCGGAAGCAGAGCGACAAACAGAAGCAUCCGUCACGUCUGGGGAGCAGCCACCGACGGGGAGGGCACAAAGGUCACAAAGGUCACCAGAGGUGACGAUCAAGCGUCUUUAGCGUUGACGGGUCAAUGAGGAUGUUGCUUUUCAUACACUCGUCUCUGACUGCGUAGAGAGAAAGAAUUGAGAAGUUCUGCAUGGAUGCUUAUUGCAUGAUAGCCAGAGCCUUGCUGAAAUUAGAUCUUUUUUUUUGUAAUUCUUUUUUAGCUUGUUACUCUUUUGUGGUUAAGAUAAAGCAAAGUCGGGCAGUACCUUACCAUACAGCUAAGACACAUUUGUAUAUAGUAUGUGAGGGUGUUGUCCAGUUUGACUGCCCCCAACUAGCAUCCAAAUAUCACAUAUACCAAAACCAUUACUAUAUAAAGGGUACAAUAUGCUGUCCUUCCUUUGGAUAUUAUUAUUAUUAUUUUUUCUUUUUUUUCCAUAAAGAUGACGUUGUUGGCAGGGCCACGCUGUUUCUGUCGGGGGGGGGGGGGGGGUUGACACCAUGAUUUUACAUAAUUAUGAAUUUGUCAUUGUUCUAUAUUGUAUGGAUGUUUUCAACAUUUGAGAUUGUGUAAUGAGCAAUGCCCCGAAGUGCAAACAGGUCAUUGUUGAUUGGUAGAGAUUAUUUUCUCAGGAUUGGUUUUUGCCUUUUUGAUGUACGUAUGUAUUUCCUCUGGAACGUUACUGUGAAAACGUAGAUGUGCUGUUGUCGUCAUAACACGACUUCCUAGGAGAGUUUAUUUUUUAUUCUUUUCAGCACGUUAUUCUCAUUGAAAUGCACUUUUUCUGUGUCCGACUACUGACGGUAAGUGGGAAAUCUGGCAGUUGUCACGAGUGAGAGGAUUCAUUUUUAUGAUAUUUCUUUUUUGGUGUUUCAUAAAAAUGUAGAAUUUUUAUAAAAUUGCGUUUUAGCAGAAUGCACUGGACGUGAUGCUGUAUAGUUUUUGAAAUCUGUCAGUGUCCGUGUCUUUCUUCUCCAACAUCUUUUACCAAAAGCAGUAUAUAUGUUGUAAUGUUUUACCUGCCUUUUUACGUAUGAUUUAUCUGUUCUCCAGUCCAGUCUGAAUUUUUACUACUCUUGUAUAAUAAGGAUCCUUACAGAAACCGAUAUGCAUCGUUUUAGCGAAACAAUUCUGAGAGCCACUCGCCCUGAGAGAGGAGCGACUGCAGCUCCAGCAUCAGUCUGACUGCUCGGUGUCGCCUGGACCGUACAAUGUGUUACGUCCGCGUUGUAAAGUUAUUGUAUUUGUAAGUGUCCCUUUGUACUAGAUCCACGUAAGGCUGAAGACAGUAGCUCAUGUACUUCAUUGCAUUUGGUCUAUGCAGUCGAGAACAGGAUUUUCUUUUAAGGUCAAAGAGGAUUUUUACAUGAUAAAGUCCCUUUUCCUCUUAGCCGCAAUGUGUUGAUGUUCGGAGAAGGUUGAUCAUUUACUGUACUGUAAAAAAUAUAUAUACAAUAGCCAGAUUUGACUACUAUUGCUAUGCACCCUAAUCUUUCUGUACUGCAAAUGUUUCUAUACCCAGCACUCGUUCCGAUGUCUAAUCUAGGGAAACCGUAGAUGAAUGUCACUAAUAAAUUUGAAGGUCCACUUGUAUAAAAAAAAUAAAAUAAACCGUUUUGUAUUGAAAAAAGAAAAA